UAAAAAUAUAUAGUUUAUAAGAACAAAAACAGAAGUACUAUACUAAUGUCGCAGAAACGUAAAGAGCUGAAAAAGUGCAUGAAACGUCUCGAUGCGCUGCAGAAGGAAUUAGCCAAGCAAAAGACAUGCAGGAAGCUGAAGUUCUAUAUGGAUCAGCUGAGGGAGCUGCAGCGCGAAGUGGAUCGACGGCAGCCAUGUCGGACAGGAUUCCCGGUGAACGAAUCGCUUAUGCUGCCGCAUCCAAUCAAACUUUGCGAAUAUACCAUAUCCUUCGGUCAACUGGAUAACUGUGGCCGUGAGCUAUUGGAGGAUGCACUGAAUGCACGGUGCUUCGCCUAUGCUCCGUAUAGCAAUUUCAAGGUGGGCGCCGCAUUUCGCUCGAAGGGCGGCAAAGUCUUCACUGGCUGCAAUGUGGAGAAUGCGGCGCUCACACCAGGUUGCUGUGCAGAACGAACGGCUAUGUUGAAGGGCAUCAGCGAGGGUUGCAGGGCCUUCAGUGCCGGCGCCGUGGUGGCCUAUCAUCCGUCCGGCUUUACGACGCCUUGCGGCGUCUGUCGUCAGUUUAUGAACGAGUUUGCGAAGCUAGAUGUACCGAUUUAUAUAGCGCAGGCGCCAGAGUCGAGUGCCCCAGUGCCAAUGUUCGAGGACGAUGCAGAGGUGCUGGUCACGUCAGUCUAUCACUUGCUGCCCCAUGCAUUUACGUUAUAAUAACUUUGUGAAUGUUAGUCGUGAAUAUUAAAUGAAAAUCUAUA